AUGUCCUCAGAGGAGCGUGAGAGAAGCAGAGUCAUACUCUUUAAAGAAGGAGUGACGACAGUUCCAUUUGAAGAUGAUAAUGGGACGACAUAUCAAAGAGUAGUCGAUUCUUUCCGCGUUCCUUCCCUUAUUGACGUGGAUGGUGUGAUGGUCGCCAUCGCUGACGCCCGCUAUAAUUCAGACAACGACAACUCCUUUAUCGAGACGGUGGUAAAGUACAGCGUAGACGAUGGGAAGACGUGGGAAACACAAAUUGCAGUAAAGAACACUCGUGUGAGUAACGUUUCUCGUGUGGUGGACCCCACAGUCAUCGUAAAAGGGAACAAGAUCUACAUGCUUCUGGGAAGAUACAACAAGUCAAAAACGUACUGGAAUCAGCAGUAUGAUGGCAAGGAUUGGGAGCCUGUGUUUUCUGUUGGUGAGGUUAAGAAGACAACGAUAAAUGGCAAGGUGAAUGCAACGAUUACAUGGACCGAUCCUGUCUCACUAAAAUCUAUUUUCCCUAAAGAGAUUGCAGGAGGGCCAUCAAAGCAAUUCCUUGGGGGUGUAGGGGUUUCUAUUGUAACAACGAACGGUACUCUUGUGUUCCCAGUCCAGGCAAUGAAUACAAAUAAGGAAAUCACCGCAAUGAUUAUGUAUUCCAAAGACGGUGGUGAUACAUGGAAGUUCGCAAACGGUAUCACUGCGCUGGGUUGCACUGAAUCUUCUAUUCUUGAGUGGGAGGGGAAAAUCAUAUUGAACGCACGCGUUGACAAAGGCUUCCGCAAAGUCUUUGAGUCCACAGACCUGGGGGAGACAUGGACAGAGGCUGUUGGUACACUCUCCCGAGUAUGGGGGAACUCACCAAAACGUAAAGGCCCUGGUAGCCAGGGUCCCUUCAUUCCCGUGACAAUUGAGGGGAAGCGCGUGAUUCUGUUUACACAACCACAGAAUUACAAAGAAUCAUUUAAACGCGACCGACUCCAUCUGUGGGUAACGGACAACAACCGUAUAUUUAAUGUUGGUCAGAUUUCCGUUGAUGAUGAGAACGCUCCCUACAGUUCAGUGCUCUACAGGGAUGAUAAGUUGUACAUCCUGCACGAGAAAAAUAUCAGGGCAUACAGUCUUAUCUUUCUGGAGCUGAAAGAAGAACUGAACUUGAUCAAGUCAGUGGUGAAGACCUGGAUCGAGCAGGACAAGAACUUCUCAGACAUUUGCACCCCAGUCGACCCAAAGAAACUCUCUGUUGUUGCAAGUGACUGCGGCCUCCCGUUCCCCACUGCUGGGCUUGUUGGCUUCCUUUCCGAUGGGGGUGACAGUGAACAGUGGAAGGACGCAUACCGCUGUGUGGACGCUAGCGUGAAAAAUGGUGAGAAGGUUCUCAAUGGUAUGAGAUUCAAGGGAGUUGGUGCAGGGGCACUUUGGCCAGUAGGUAAGCAGGGACAGAACCAGCGAUACCAUUUUGCAAACUACAUGUUUACGCUGGUAGCGACGGUGCAAAUCAUUGAUCUCCCGAAGGCCGGCAACCCAGUCCCACUAUUGGGAGUGAGCUUGGAUGAGGCUGGUGGCAAGAAGGUUCUGGGACUCUCAUUUAACAGCGACCAGCAGUGGAACCCAAUAUACGGGAAGUUUGAAGCCGCACCUACCGGAUCGUGGGAACGGAAGAAGACAUACCAGGUGGCACUCACUUUUGAACACGGAGUGGGUUCGAUCUAUGUUGAUGGGGAGCCCUUGGCAGGUUCAGGGGAGAGGCUUCAGUACGAUACAGAUUCCCCCGUUGUUUCACACUUUUACAUUGGCGGAUACGGAAACAGAAAACUAAAGACGGAUGGCCAUGUAACAGUGACCAACGUUCUUUUAUACAACAGACAACUGAACCAGAGCGAACUCAAAACCUUGUUCUUGGCCAGGGAUUUCAUUUCUUCUAACAAGCCGGAAGGGUCGGGUAGUUUAGAAACCGAUGGAUCGACACUCUGUUUCGGGGUUAAUUGUUUUUCAAUGAUGCUUCUACCGUUACUAACCCUGGCUCUCGUUCUAUUUGACCAUGGUAUUUUUAUCUGA